AAGAAGAUGGCAGGCUCAGCAGAACCAUUGGUGAUAUCAUUCGGUGAGAUGCUCAUAGACUUUGUUCCUGACACAUCUGGGGUUUCAUUGGCUGAGUCUUAUGCUUUUAUCAAAGCCCCUGGGGGUGCCCCUGCUAAUGUUGCUUGUGCCAUAUCCAAACUUGGUGGUCACGCUGCCUUUGUUGGCAAGGUGGGAGAUGAUGAGUUUGGAAGAAUGCUAGCUGACAUAUUGAAGAAAAAUGGGGUAAACACAGAUGGUGUUAUAUUUGAUACGGACGCAAGAACUGCAUUGGCUUUUGUGACAUUGAGGAAGGAUGGAGAGAGAGAGUUCAUGUUUUAUAGAAACCCCAGUGCAGAUAUGUUACUGAAGGAGUCUGAAUUAAAUAUUGGUAUGAUCAAGAAGGCAAAGAUAUUCCAUUAUGGAUCUAUUAGCCUGAUAUCUGAGCCAUGCAGAUCAGCUCACUUGGCAGCCAUGAAAGCUGCUAGGGAAGGUGGUGCAUUGCUUUCCUAUGAUCCAAACCUGAGGCUCCCUUUGUGGCCUUCUCCUGAUGCUGCUAGGUCUGGGAUCAAGAGCAUUUGGUCUGAUGCUGACUUCAUCAAGGUGAGUGAUAACGAAGUUGAAUUUCUUACACAAGGAGGAGAUGCAGAGAAGGAAGAUGUUUGUAUGUCCCUGUGGCAUGACAAAUUGAAGGGGCUUUUUGUCACUGAUGGAGAGAAGGGUUGCAGAUAUUUUACUAAGAAAUUCAAAGGAAGGGUAACGGGAUUCUCAGUGAAUGCAGUUGAUACAACUGGUGCUGGUGAUUCUUUUGUUGGUGCACUUCUCACAGCUGUGGCCAGGGACCCUUCCAUAUUUGAUAACGAACAAAAACUGAGAGAGGCUUUGACACUUGCAAAUGCCUGCGGAGCUAUCUGUACAACAAAUAAGGGAGCAAUUCCAUCACUUCCAACUACCAAACAGGCUCAGGAAUUCAUUUCCAGCUAUAAAGCCAAAUAG